UCAACGUCAUAUUGACAAUUGAUAUGUAAGACAAAGUGUUGAUUUUUGCAAUCUCAUUUUUUGCAUACUUAUUUAAAUAUCAAAACAAUGGAAUUAAAUCUUCAACAUGAAGAUUUAUUGAUUAAAUUAAGAGCUAAGCUGAACGAAGAAAAGAUUAAAUUAUGGGAACCACCUUAUUAUCAGGCUGACAACGAUCGCUCUCAAAAUUUGCGGGAUCUAGCAUUAAAAUACUCAUCACAGCUAUUACAAGACGAUGAAACGGUGUUUUCUGCAUUACGUGAAUUACAACUGCAUUCACUUGACCGAUCCAAAGCAAAUGCGGAGUACAAGGAGACAGGACUGGCUACAUUCAGGGUGAAAGCUAAUGUAUCAGGACAAAAACCUGUAGUCUUAAAAAUUCAAAAGAAGUUGGAAGUGCCAGGCAGUGAUCUCAUUGAAACAGUGGCUAAGGAGAUUAGUGUUGGAACUGACAGAAUAAAAUUGAUAUGCAAUGGUAAAAUUAUAAAACCGACAAUGAAUCUCAAUGAACAGAAUAUAAAAAAUGGAGUACAAAUAAUGGCACUUAUUAUGGGAGAAGCCCCAGAGAACGUUAAGAAAGAAAACGAUAUGUACAUGGAGAUGAAAUCCACACGUGACGAUGCUCUGCUGCUGACCGAUUGCGCCGAAGAGUUGACUGGCGACGAUGAGUAUUUAAAGCUGGAAGACCAAUCAGGAAAAGCACUCCAACUACCGGCAGCCGAGCGAAGAUCCUUGACGGUUGGACUGGCACUGCACGAGCGCGGUCGGGCCGCUGUCCAGCAAAAGGACUACACGCUAGCGCUGGUGCUCCUGCUCGAAGCCGACAGGCAGUUCAGUGAAUGCAGUUCGAAUCUCCUGAAAUCAGUGGACAACAUUGCCGUCCUUCAGCUGGACAUAUCCUGGUGCUACCUUCAUCUCCAGAACCUCGCCUCGGCUACUGAUGUAGCCUCCAGACUACAGAGGGCCGAGGCGUCCUUCAAGGACACCUACGGCGAGAACCACGAGAGGCUCAUCGCUCUGAAAGGAAACGCCGCAAACGAACGCGUUCUGUUCAUGCGGCUGUACCUGCUGCAGGGCAUCGUGGCUUACCACCAGAACAAGAGGGAGGAGGCGCGGCGACUCUUCGACAAAGCUGAAAAUGAGAUGAAUUUUCUGAGAGUGGACGACGGCUCGGUAGCGGCGCUGAUGGAGCUCGGCUGGACGCGCAGCCAGGCCAGGACCGGCCUCCGCGCCGCCGCAGGACACGUGGACAGGGCGCACCAGCUCCUGGAGGAGAGGAGCGAGGAGCGCGAGAGGGAGAGGGAGAGACACAGACAGGAGAGAGAGGAGCGGGCCCUGGGUCGGUGCGCGGACGGCAGCCCGGUGAGCGCGGCGCUGCUGGCGGGGCUGCUGGACAUGGGCUGCGCGCGCCGCCUUGCCCUGCUAGCUCUCAAGAACUCCAACAACAACGUGGCUGAAGCCCUGUACCUCAUGCAGGAGAGGAGGGAACUGCUUCAAGACAGUGACGCGUCUUCCAGCGACCCGGAGACCCCGAGCUCCGACGACUCCACGCUGGAGCCCGACAACAAGCUCGCGGCGGAGCUGGAGGCGAUGGGCUACGAUCUGGACGACGCCAGGAUCGCCCUGAAGCUGUCGCGGAACCAGCUGGGCGGGGCGCUGGACAUCCUACUCGGGGGACAGCUGCGCGAUGUCGGCGACCCGUCCACCAGCUCGGCGGCGGCCAGCAAGAAGAGACUCCGGAAACUGAAGCGAGAGAAGAGGGAGAAGCGCCGACAAGAGCGCGACUCGGCUCUGAAGCGUCUCAAGACGUCGGUGAAGACGGAAGACGACGACUACCUGGACACCAGCCUGGUGGAUGAAGAGGAAUUCCUCGCUAAAUACAAAUCCUUGCUCUAAGCCAUGAAUAUUGUGACGUCACGAGCGCGCGCGGUCAUUGACCCACGACGCCAGCCCCCGUCCGCGGAAUAGCCCCUUAGUCUACCAGUGAAUCCUCCCCCUCGCGUCCCUUUCCUCAUUACUGAGUCGUGACUCCCCCGCUUCAUAAUUUACUCACGGACGAUUUUCUGCUGCUAUACUUCGUGAAAGGCAUCGUGGUACUUGACGGAAGGAAGGUAGGAAAGUACACACGUAAAUUUGAUUCAAUACUAGAACAGAGGUAGUGCCACUGUAACCGACGACAAACACACUCGGGGCUUAACUAUUACAAAAACGUUGAGUCAACGCGUUAGGGGCCACGCCGCACUCCGCCCCCCAUCCUCGUGGGGAGAUCAUGAAGUGUUCUGGAAAAUCGAUCGAAUUUCAUAUCGUAGUUGGUAGAGAGACUUUUAUGGUGUUAUUAGUCAGUAGAGAUUUGUAGGAUAUGUUAUUGACAUAGUCAAACCCGACUGUGGGAGUAUUAGCCCAUAGAUAACAUUCUUAAAUCAGUUAUAGAUAAGCAACUCAAGCACUCAAAAUGUUUACGGGUGUCGUCCACUAGAUGGCUUCGCUUCGAUUAGUUUCUCAUUGCUCCUGUAGAUGGCAGUAACAUAUUACCUAUCCUAUAUUUUAUUUUUAAUGAAGGCUUUUGUGAAUUUUCAGAAAUUAGGAAUCGAUAAAAUUUAAUCAAUUUGUCUAUAACAAAUAAAGACUUGUAUGAUUUUUUAUUUUUGAAGUGAAAACUUCUUUAGAAUCGUUGUGAUUUCAAACCGGGUGCAACGGAAAAAACGACAGGUAAGAGACACAAAUACAAAAAUGUGUAGGAUGAAGCCAGCAAAGAAUGAGACAGAAAUAUACAUACUAUUUAAUACAGCGCCAUCUGUGAGAUUUUUUAAUACUAAUGUGUGUAUGAAAGCUCUUGUAGUGAAUUUUAAUUUAGGAUUAUACGUGAAAUUAAAAUAUCAAUUCACAGAGGGCGCUACCUUACAAUUAUUUACUAAUGACAAAAUUUUACAUAUACUUAAGACGUUUAGGAUAAUUGUAUUUUAAUUUUGGAAGGUUUCACUUCUACCACGUGUGAAUUGCACAAAUUUUUUUUUUUUUUUCUGUGUUUAACAUACAAGCUUAGGGGCAUUCGCUACAAGAUGUCGCUAGUUUUCAUACAAAAAAUAUUUGUGUAUUAGCCGACAGGAAACGUAUCUAGCUGUAAGUAGUGGUUCGUAUAAAUUGUGGGUAGAUGCAGUUUAUGUAUUUGUAGAUAUAUUUGAGUUUUUGGCGGGAACGCGAGGAGUGAAGUUGUGUGAUUUGUUUUAUUUUCUCUAAUUAGUGUUUCUUCAGGUUUAAAUGUGUAAUAACGGUGGUUUAUUAACUGUUUAGUAUCUGUGAAAGUGCACAAAUGUGGGAAAAUGAAACAAAGCCGCUGAACGUAACUUCUCGGGAUCCUCCAAAGAGUCCACUGAAAAAGUCUCAGUAAAUGACCACCAUUUUACUGAGAUUAUACUUCAUCCCAUGUCAUCUCAUCUCAUUUCAUUCCGUUUUCAUUUCAUUUCAUGCUAUGUUUCAUAAUAAUCAACAUAAUUUCAUUUCAUAAUACCAUUUUCAUAUAAAAAAGUUACGUAUCAUUAAAAUUAAAAUAAGACUUGACCCAAAGGUCUAAGUUACCAGGUCAUAAAAUACAGGUUAAAAAAAAAAAGUUGAUUUAUUUUUAUUUAAUUAAAAGUUUAAAAAAAAACUGGUUCGAAAUUUAGGCAAACUGUAGUCCGUGGACAUCAGCAAUUGUGUGUAUCCUUGGCAACAGUAUCAGGCAGGGUGGCGGCACCCAGCCGUGCGGGCUCGCGGUGCUUUCUCUAAUUAUUGCACAACUCCGUAUGUUUGAAUUAUGUUUGAAUCAUUUUCUAACUAAACUUUUUAAAUAAACCGACAUACAUUGUCCUAUUAAUAUCGUGUGAUUUAAAUACAAAAUUAACGUGUAAUCGAUUUUGUAUAAGAAUAAUAUAUUAUGGUGUAUUAGAACAAUACAAAUGUGAAUUAA